AUGGAUCUCGAUAUGCAGCCCGAAGACGUUGUUCUUCUGGACGACAAUAGUCAAAUGCUCUUAGCACCGGACCAUCCUUUACUAGCUCCCAUUCAGAAGCGGCUGCUAGAUCAGGUUACAAAAGAGCUAAACAGCGCAAACGAAACGAGAAGAGAGCUGAAGCGCAUCAAAGCACAGUUAGAAAAAGCGCACGAGGCGACUGGUGUUGAAUUAUACACCUAUCAGAGACAGCUUUCUGAGACUCAGAGUCGGAUUGAGAAAUUAGAGAUGGAGCAUGCUGAGACUGUUAGCAAACGCAUGAAGAUGCAAGAAGCAAGCAAGGUAGUCUCUGAACGGCUUCACGAUAGCGAGAGCCAGCUCAACAUAUUGCUUCAAAUGGAAGAAAAGACCCGUGAGGACAACCAAGCUAUAGCUAUGCAAGUUAUAGAAUUGGCAACGAAGAAUGAGGCCCUCCGCUCAGAUGCGGCAGUCCGUAAGCGCUCGGUAUACCGGGCAGAGGAGCAAAUCAAGGCUCUAGAGCGGUUGAAGGAGCAGCAAGAUCAAUAUAUUGCAGACUUGACAGACGAGUUAAAGCGUCUGCAAGAUGAAGAAACCUACCUGGCCAAGCAAUUAGACACUCAAAAGGCAACUACCUCACAGGCAAAUGAGAUCCUUAAGGAGGCGUACAAGCAGAUGGAGACUAUAGAGGCAGACAUCGCUAAUCUCCGUCUUCAGUGGGAGCUCACUCUUAAUGCCAUCGAGAAGCGUAGCGCUAAUAUCCGUACGAUAGAGGAGGAGAAGCUUUCGGAGGCUGACUCCGAGAGAGCGGCGCUACGGGCUGGCUUAGUGAACACGCGCAAAGAAAUACAGAAGGUUAGGGAUAACAUUUUGUCACUCAAUGACCAGACAAGGGCAAAGAAUGCCGUUCGCCAAUUUUGUUUGGCUAAAAUUGACAACAUACGUAACAACCAGCUUGCUAAGCUUAGUAUAAAAUAUGACACAUUAAACAACUCUCUCCAAAAGGCUUCUGAGACGCUGAGAAAGUUGGAGCAAGCCAUUGCAAACGUUGUAAAAGACUCCUCAGAUCUGUCUCUCAAAAAUGAUGGAAAACAGCAGGCCAUCAAUACAAUGGAGGGGAAUAUCCUCGUUGAUAACGCAGAACAGACGUCUGGAAAUAGACAGUUAAUGGCUCUGAACGCAAAGCUCAAGUCUCUUAAGGUGAGUAUUGAAAAGCUUGAACGCGACAUUUCUAAAACCAACAACGAAUACAGCAAGUGUGAGCUCGAUAGCAUCACCGCAGAGACUGCUCUGGAAACACUCAAAAACGCCAAGUAUGCACUUCAAAAAGAGGUUGCCGAGAAAGACGCCUUAGUCUCUUCAUAUGAGAUUCAGAUAAACAAGAAUAGCAACAGCAUUGAGCAACGAUCAUCUGCCAUCACACGCCUAAAUAGGAAGCUCGAGGAGCAUCAGCGAAAUAACCCUGAAAGUGAUAAUGGUCCUUUGGAGGCCAUGCUAAGCAAUCUGGGGAAGGAGAUUGGUAAAGCCAUUAAGGAUGUAAAGAAUAGCCAGUCUAUGUGGCUCAAAGCACAAACAGAGCUGGUUCUGUGUCAGAAGAAGAGAGAUGAGGAGCUUGCGCUAUUGAGCCUUAAAGAGGAUCAGCGCGACGUCCUUUCAAGAAAGCUUCAAGAAAUAGAACACGAGGUAGAGGGUGCUAACCUGAAGGUAAAGGCAAUCCAGCGCGAAAUUGAGCAUGUACACGAGGACAUUAAACGCUUGAAUUCAGAAUUGGGGACGGCUAUAAACGAAGAAGAAAAGCUGAACAGCGCCAACUAUGUGGCAGAAACAGAAGCUUUGUCCUCUGUAGAACAAAUGGAGACGCUGAUACGAGGCAUGGAGACCAAGCUGACAUCUCUCAAGGACGAAAAGGCAGAGGCGGCCGGCUGCCUUGUGGAAGUUGAAGAGCAGAUUCUGCUUUGGCAGAGAAAGCUAGCAAUGCAGACUGCAUUGUUAGAGAAUGUUCAGAAAAACUUGCACAAAGACAACGAUGGAGAGCUCGCCGUUCUUGAAAACGAGUGCCAUAAGAUGUAUCUCACGCUCCAAGGGCUAACUAAGCUCCAAGCAUCUCUUCUGAGCCAGCUUGAACAAGGAGUCAACAUUCGUGGGAGCUUAGCAGAGGCUGGGCGUGCAAGAAUGGUUGUAGCUCAAACCAAGGGUGGAAACAGGCCGGCCCUUUUGGUCAGCAGAGAGAUAGAAUCCCUCCGCAGUGAUUUGGCAGACAAACAUAGGAAGUCCGAGGAGUUAAAGUUGAAGCUGGAAGAGGAGAUCCAUCGACGCACCAAACUCAGCAGUGAGGUCGAUGAGCUCAGUCAAGUAUAUGCCAGGCUAUCACAAAAGCUUAAUAACUUCCGGACUCAUGGCAUGGUGGACCGCGAUCACGCUGACCCCAACGUUCCGGACAACAUGAGCGACUUCAUGAGCGAUAGAGACGUGGAGGGGCUCUAA